AUGAGCAAAAUGUUGUCAAAGAACAUCGACAAAGUUGACAUGUCUGUUUUCAUCGAAAAGCAAGAAGACGUCCACGCAUGCAGGGCGGUUGCGCAAUCGCUGCGCGAGUACGGCGCCGUCCUCGUUAGGGAUCCUCGCGUAGAUGAAGAUGACUCAACCAAGUUCCUGAACAUGAUGGAGAGGUAUUUUUCUCAACCGAGAGAGGUGAAGAUGAAAGAUGCACGGCCACAAUUUUUCUAUCAGGUAGGAGUGACACCCGAUUUCGUUGAACGUCCACGCGACAACUCGACCAUUGCGCACGAGCUCGAUACCGCGGAGCGACCAGUCAGCAAUCCCUCAGCGAGGAGAAAGGACCCGAAAUGGCGCUUUUUCUGGAGAUGCGGAGAGCGCCCGAAGACAACAGACUUCCCAGAGCUCAAUGCACCGCAGGUGGUACCAGAAGCGUUUGAAGACGAAUGGGCUAGCACAAUGAAUGGUUGGGGUGGCAGACUUAUAGAUACCAUAUUGAUGAUCUCAGAUAUGCUUGCGUUGGGACUAGGACUACCUCAAACGUCUAUUCGAGACAAGCUAGAGUUCGGUCCUCACCUUCUUGCCCCGACUGGAUCUGAUUUGAACGUCCUCGCAGAUAGUGUCGGAACAAGUCUAGCAGGCUACCACUACGAUUUGAACAUUCUUACGAUUCAUGGCAAGUCGCGAUACCCCGGUUUGUACAUCUGGACUAGAACAGGAAAGCGGAUACCGGUCGCCGUUCCGGAGGGUUAUUUAUUGAUACAGUCGGGAAUUCAGUUGGAAUAUCUUACAGCUGGAGAUAUUCGUCGAGGCAUGCAUGAAGUCGUGGUUAGUAAAGAAACCAGUGAGGCAGCGCGAGAAGCGAGGUCAGCAGGAGGAUCUUUGUGGCGGGUUAGUUCGACAUUAUUCGCCCAUGUGCGGUCGGAUGCUUCCCUCGCUCCACUGGGCUCUUAUGCGAACAACGCGGACCCAACCCUCUAUCCAGCUGUCCAAGCUGGUGCCCAAGUCGCAAAUGAGCUCAAGGCGAUUGAGCUAGCGUCUUGAAAUAUUCAAGGUCACAGUUCACAUGAUUCUUUCCCCAACGACAUAUGAACCUGUAAAUCAAACAGCUCCAUGACUUGAAAUCUAAA